UAUUUCAUUUCAUUUCACAAUGGCCCGGAAUAUUACAUUGGAGAUUCCGAGCCGGCCCCGGCCAGCCAAUUAUCUCUCGUCGUUUUACUGUUUUAUCCUCCAUUGUAAACGCCGGCUGAACAAUCAUCUCAUCUCUGAUCUCUUCCUACUCCGCCUCACCUCAGCUUCGGCAGCCGCCUUACGUAAUCGCCGCGGAUUUUAAAUUCAUAUCUCCGACUUUCAUCUUUGUCUACGUCCUUUCUCUAUAAGUCAAAGCACAGAGAGAGAAGGAUCGGAGAUCGCCGUCAAAGACAGAGGAGGAGGAGAGGAAGCACUGUUCAACCUCUUAUUUGGGCGCUUAAUGUAAUGUACCAACCGAAAGCUGUUCUUAGUUCAAGCUUAGUACCCAACAAGGCAAUAGUCAGCCAGCAGACAUUAGACUUUAGUGCCAGCACAAUGGAACCAAUCAAUGGGGAUAACAAUCUCAACAACAAUCCUAGUCUUGCUUCAAAACAACGUCUGCGUUGGUCACAUGAGCUUCAUGAAAGAUUUGUUGAUUCAGUUGCACAACUUGGUGGCCCAGAUAGGGCUACUCCUAAAGGUGUUUUGAGACUCAUGGGUGUGCAAGGGCUGACAAUUUAUCAUGUAAAAAGCCAUUUACAGAAAUAUCGACUUUCCAAAUACCUUCCCGAUGCAUCAUCUGAUGGAAAAAAACCCGACAAGAAAGAUUCAAGUGAUAUAAUCUCCGGCCUAGAUGAUUCAUCCAGUGGAAUGCAAAUAACUGAGGCACUAAAAUUGCAGAUGGAGGUCCAAAAGCGCCUACACGAGCAACUAGAGGUUCAGCGCCAGCUACAGCUAAGGAUAGAGGCCCAAGGCAAGUAUUUGAAGAAGAUAAUAGAAGAACAACAGCAACUCGAAAUGCCAGAGUCCUCUGGGGCUACGUCUGCAUCAGCAGGCGAGAAUGCCCCGGUAUCUGAUAACAGUACAAAUCCAGUGACGCCUGUACCUGCAUCUGAAAAGCCUGAAAACGAACAACGCAAUCCAGUUAAGGGCAUUUCGCUUAAUGCCUCGCCAUCUUCUCAUAACGAGGCUCUUUCACCAGAUUCCAGCUGCCCUGCAGUCGAGAGGCCAUCAAAGAAGCAAAAAGUUAGCGCAGAAGCUGCUGCGUUUACCCAACCUGAUGCAAUGCUUACUAAGUUACUUGGCUGAAGCUUGACAAGUCAUCAGAUCAGAGCGAGAGUUUCAGGUUGGCAAGUUUUACGUUUUUUAUGUGUAACAUUAAUAGUUAAAACAGGGUUUGAUUAGGACAUAGAAACUGCUUGCUUCUUAAAUGUGUGUUGCCUUGGUUCACUCAUCUUAAUUUAGUACCAGUUGCUUAAACUUUUGCCUAAUGCUAAAUAAAAAUGUGAAUUAUACUGCCUAAA